GCUGAGACUAAGACGCGCACGAAAACUGAACGGAAAAACGGAAAAGGCAAAGGCGGAUGAAGCAGCGCAAAAGGGGAAGCCAAAGCAGGCGCUAAAUAUUUUCAAAAUAUAUAUUUAAAAACUUUGCGCUUCGCUUCGGUAAUAUUUGUAUGCAAAUCUAAUCAGAGUGUGCCUGUGUGUGUAAUUGUUAUAAAUCAAAACGAGAGCAACAACAACAACAGCAACAACAAUAUCAGCUUAGCCCGAAAAGUAAAAACCCACAUUAAAGUAACAGAAUCAAUUCAGGAUCCACUACAACAACAACAGCAAAAACCACUGUCGCGUCUCCAAAUGAAACAAUAAUUGAAUAAUUGAAUUACGCAAAUAACUAAGAAAAAAAUCAAAGGAAAAGCGAAUAACGAGUAAAAAGUAAAAGAAAAAAGUUUAAAAAAAAUUCGUAAAGCCGUGUACUGAGUAAGCCAGUCAGCGCUUAAAGUACCAUAUAUAGUUGUUCUUAUCUAUACCCACACACAAUUAAUUGCAGCUGAAUGCACGACUCCUUGCAGAAAGAAGGAUCGUAAAAAGAGUCUAUCAAUAUAUGUGCAUAUGCAUAUAUAGCGACGUUCACGAACUGUAUCUGUCACUGUCACUGAGAGCGAUCGAUAGCUGUACCUCCAUGUGUGUGCAUGAGUGGCAGUAUCAGUAGCGCACCCAAGGACCAAGGACCUCAUCCACAUAGCCCAUCAAUCUCUCAGAUGCCAGUGGCGGAAUCCCCCCGAUAAAGGCAUCGCAUCGCAUCGCAUCGAAUCGCAUCGAAUCGAACUGCAUCGCAUCCAUUGGACAAGGACGAGGACGAGAACGCGGACUAGGACUAAAGGACAGUGACUGACGCAUCCUGCGCUCGUUUGAUCGUUCGUUCGCUCGCUCGCUCGCUCUAUCGCUCUUUCGCUCGCACGCACCAAAAAAACCAAACAGAAAUACCAGAAACAAUACCAAGCAAGCCAGAAACCAAAUAAUACCAAGCUAAACAGACGCCUCAUUACCAAACAUCGAACGUUUCGUUGUCGUUUAACCAAAAAAAAAAGCAAAAAAAAACCAGAAGCAAAUCAAUCCAAUCCAAUUCAAUCAAAUCCAAGCCAAGCCAAGCCAAUCCAAAAUCCAAACAAUUCAAAUCAAAUCGUAUCCACGAGACAUAGAAACUGAACAGUAAACAGUAAGCAGUAAGAUCAACAGUAACAGAAAACCCAAAGCAAAAAGCUAAAGCAAUCAUCAGUCAAAGUCGAUAACCAAAACCAGCAACAUUCAGUUAAAAAUGGCCGAAGACGCUACCAUGGAGACAUGUCCAAGUCCUGAAAUCGGCGACUCACGCAAAAGGCCACUCGAUUCCGAUCCGGAAAAUGAACAAACUAAACGCUCACAUUUCAGUUCCGGUGAGUCAGUUUGUUCUGGAAUUGAGGUUGAAAUUGAAAAUAAUAACAAUAAUCAUAUUCAUCAUGGCGAGACAACGUAUCACAUGAAAAUACUGGUGCCCGCGGUGGCCUCCGGGGCCAUCAUCGGCAAAGGUGGCGAGACGAUCGCCUCCCUGCAGAAGGACACGGGUGCUAGGGUCAAGAUGUCCAAGUCGCACGACUUCUACCCAGGCACCACCGAACGCGUGUGCCUGAUCACCGGCUCCACGGAGGCCAUCAUGGUCGUGCUGGAAUUCAUCAUGGACAAGAUCCGCGAGAAGCCCGAUCUGACCAACAAGAUCGUCGAUGCCGAGUCAAAACAGACACAGGAGCGCGACAAGCAGGUCAAGAUCCUGGUGCCCAACUCCACUGCCGGCAUGAUCAUUGGCAAGGGCGGUGCCUUCAUUAAACAGAUCAAGGAGGAGAGCGGCUCCUAUGUCCAGAUCUCGCAGAAGCCCAAGGAUGUGUCGCUGCAGGAGCGCUGCAUCACCAUCAUUGGCGACAAGGAGAACAAUAAGAACGCCUGCAAGAUGAUCCUCUCGAAGAUCGUCGAAGAUCCCCAAUCCGGCACCUGCCUGAACGUCUCCUACGCGGACGUCAGCGGCCCGGUGGCCAACUUUAAUCCGACCGGCUCCCCGUACGCCACCAAUCAGAAUGCCAUCAACUCGAGCACCGCCUCGUUGAACUCCACGUUGGGCACCACGAUCGGCGGUGCGAACUCGGCGGCCAGCCUGCUAGUCAACGGCACCGGCAUCAAUUUGACCAUCAAUCUGGGCUCACCCAAUCCGGCGCCCAAUCUAGCGCUUGCCACCCAGGUGCUCGAGCACAUGAAGGUUGCCAUGCGCGGCUCUGGCUACUCGGAGACCGUAACGAACGAAGUCGUCGCCGCACUGGGCGUGCUGGCCAAGUACGGUGUCCUUGGAAUGGGCGUGGGUGUGUCGCACACCAACGGCGCCCACUCGACGCUGGGCAACUUUCUGGGCGUAACGACGCUGGACCAGCAGACUGCGGCCGCCGCAUCCGCGGCCACCGCCAGCAAUGUGUUCGGUGCCGUCGGCCAGGUGAAUCUGGAGCAAUAUGCCGCAGCGGCGGCCGCUGCAGCUGCCGCCAGUCGGCCGACGCAGUCGCAACUGGACGCUGCCGCAGUGCAAUUCGAUCCAUUCCGCCAUUUGGGCUCGGCCACGGCGCCGGGCGCCACGCCCGUCUCACUGAACAACAAUAGCUUUGGGCUGACGGCAGCCACGGGAACGGCGACCACGGCGCAGCUGGGCGGUCUAAGCAAGAGUCCCACACCGGGCGACCUUAGCUCCAAGGACUCGAAGAACGUCGAGGUGCCGGAAGUGAUUAUCGGCGCUAUUCUAGGUCCGAACGGUCGUAGUUUAGUUGAAAUUCAACAUGUUUCUGGCGCAAAUGUGCAAAUUUCCAAAAAGGGCAUAUUCGCACCUGGCACUAGAAAUCGCAUUGUAACCAUAACUGGUCAGCCGAGUGCCAUUGCCAAAGCGCAAUAUCUAAUUGAACAGAAAAUCAACGAGGAGGAGACAAAGAGGGCGCGACAAAUUCCAUUAACCACUGUUGUGAAUUAAAAUAAAAAAAAAACAAAACAAUAACUAAUAUCCGAGUAAAGCAACAAACCAGCAAUCUUAACAGAACAUCAAACAAACAGGCAAACAGCAAAGCAACAACAAACAAACUACCCCUUACCCCCGACGAAUUUCCUCUUAAGCUUGUUAAUUUCUUUGAAAAACGAGAGGGAAAUUAAAAACUAAAACUAAAACCAAAAUGAAAUGAAAAGAGCAGAGAUUAUAAAAAGGAAACACCAAUUGUUAUGCUUGCAGCGCAGAGUUAAGCAGUUAAAGUCGAAAAUAAUAAUAAUAAUAAUGUAUUGCAAAAAUCCAUACAUUUUUUUGUUAAGUAAACAGUUCCAAGGCCUUCACCUCAAGCGAUUUGCUUUAACUAACGCCCUUUAAGAAAGUGAAAAACGAGACGAGAGAAGUAGUAAAAAAAAAUCUGUAAAAAUACUAUAUAUGUACUACCUUCUCAGCUAAACAUUGUUGCAUUUGUUUGUCACGAUCGUAAAACGUAAAAACGUAAAAAUCGAAAACAAGUUAUAUUGCCAAUUGCCAGUUAGACACAAACUUGUUGCGAAAGAAGAGCGUUUGGGUUUUUGGUUUGUUUGUGAUGCGUAUGUUUGCGUUGCGUGUUUUGUUUUUGGUACUCCCAACCAAGCUAUACGAUACGAUACAUGGGGCAUAUAUACAUAUGUAUAUGUACACAGUUGUUGAGUCUUGUUUAUAUAUAUAUUACCUACACACAUAUGCCCAUACAUAUAUAUAUAUACAUAUGCCACCACCCACUUACACACUUACACACCGCCCCGCCCCCAAACACACCUAAUUAUUAGCAUUAUGUUGAGCUAAACGAAAAUCAAAUGUAUAAUGAGCGAGCGUUUUCAGUGAAAACUUCAGGUGAUUCUUACCCUCGAAAUAAGGUAAAUAUUUUACUACACUUCUACACUUCCCUCCCGAAAAAAAAACUUCCACAGUUAAAAACACCUGCUAUAGCUACACUGCAACUGCAAACAGGCUAGUGAAACAUACAAUUUCAAAGAGUUAAGCAAAAAUAUGAGUGACUUUGUUGACCUUUUCGUUAUUUCGUGAUUUCGUUAAAGUUUUCUGUUCCAUCUGUUCUCUGUUGUUGCCCCACUCCCUCUAAUUGCUUAUCGCUGUUAAUAUAUAAUAUAUAUAUAUAUAUAUACUAUCCACGUACGAUUCUGCAGCCUGACUUCUGUAAAUGAACACUUUCGGAACGCUACAGUUGAUGUUGAUCAUGAUAAUGUUGUUUAGUUUUAGAUACAAUCCGAUCUGAUUCGAUUUAAUUCGAUCGGAUCGAGUGGUGUUAAUGUGUUGCGCGCGCACGUGAGUCUCCUUUUGGUUAUGAUUUUGUGCUCCCGAUUUGUUACUCCUUAUAACUUUUGUUUUAUGUAUACAUAUUAUUUAUGAAAAAAAACACACACAUUGCGAUUUGUUAGUUGCCAGUCUGAGAACUGCACUUCUUACCUUUUCUCCUUUUUUUUCUUGUCAUUUUGCGUUUGUUAACCACUAUUUUUGGUAAAUUUAGCACAUUUGUUUCUCACAUUCUAAUUUUAAGUCUUACAUUUUCUCUCACCUAAUGCAUCACAAAUAUCUUAAAAACAAACAAAAAAAAAAUACGAAAACAACAUAAAAAAACCUUAGCAAAACAAUUAUUUCUUUGUAAAAUAUUCGCAUUAAAGCAUUCAUUUAGGGGUUUCUUCAUACGUCAAAACAAACAAUCCACCAAACAAUUUCCCUUAUUAAUUUUAAGUAUUGUGCAAUUAUUAAACAUUGUUUCAACGAGCAUUUCAUAACGAUUAUAUGUACAUAUCUAUCUAGAAACGCAGUGUAAAGACAAAAGAUGUUAACAUCACAUUUAAACAAAAAAAAUUCCCUGUUCAUAUACACACAAAAUACACAAGGAUAAAAGUACCCAUACGAACACCACACUCACCUACAGAGAGAGAAAUGCCUUACUUGUAAUGAAAUUUUUCUUAUUUACUUUAUUCCUUACACAUAUAAUUUAGUUUAACACAUUUCUUUUCGAUAAAUAAAACGAAGAUGAAACGAAAUUUAAAUAAAAUUUGACUACAAAACCAACAAAUAAAAACCAGCAACGUUUAUUUUCUUGUUUAUUUUGGAGCGUUCUGCGCACCACCACCACCACUGCAAGCACCACUGCAACCACCAUUACCACCCACCCAUCCACCACCCACAAGCGCCGCACCACCACUAACCCAAUCGUAUCCCCAAACCAAACCAAACCAAAUCAGUCUACAACAUUAUCAUGACCAAUCAAAAUCAACUCAAUCAGACAGUCAGCCAGUCAAUCAACCAGUCAAUCAGUCAACCACUUCUUUGCUCAGUUCGAUAACUAUUUCGAAAUCUAUUCAGUCACUGAAAACGCUCAUCACCGUAGUGAAAUAAAAGGAAAAAGUUACAAACCACAAAUACCAGAAAAACCACAACGGCAACCAAUCCUAAGCUAAGUCUAUAUUAUUAAGUUAAAAGUUGUUCUUAUUAAUUUUUGCUAUUAUUGUUAAAACUUACCUACAAUUGUUCUUAUUUGUGCAAUAUUUAUAUAAUACGAUUAAAAUACAAAAUCAAAUGAAAAACAGAACAUAACUAUAACACAAAACGAAAGAGAUCUAUAAGCAAACUAAAGCUAAAUGUGGAAACAAAAAAAUCCAGAGAGUAAAUUUGAAAGUACAGUCGUAAAUGCUAGUGUGCCUUGAAAUAUGCAUUAACAUCCAAAAAGAAAACAAAUCGAAAACCGUAAGGGGAAGGUAUAAGGAAAACGAUGUUGGUGUUUUAUUCGAACCUAUUAUUUUAUGAGUAUCAUAAAGAAAAAAAAAAAACAAGAAUAAGUCAAAUUCAGAGAUCGAUACAAUUCGAAAGUACAUAAAUGCAAUAGACCGUCUUAGAACAGCAGAAAGCAGAAAUCCACAGGUACAACUUUGAAAAAGUAGCUUAACAAACAACAACAGCCAAAAUCACAACAAGCAUAAGAACACAGAUCCCCCUUCGUCCACCCCACAAAAACCAACCAAGUCAACCAAUCAAUCAGUCAAUCAGUCAAUCAGCCAAUCAGUCAACCAACCAACCAAUCAACCUACCAAUCCAACAACAAACGACAUUUAUUUCGACUUCUUCGCCUUACGUCAGAUCGGGAGUUUCAGAGCCCCCAGAAUCGAAGCACUAUAUCUCUAUGGUCUAUCUAUCGCAGACACCAACUCACAAUUCCCAGCAUACACACAGAUACACACCCACACACACUCACAUGAGAUACACCUGAGUAACACACCUCAGCUGAGACAACACACCUCUCGCAUACAUUCACACAUUCGUACUAAAUAUCAGUAUCAGUAUCACUUGCGCGUGCUCACUGAGUUAUGUUUAAUGUAUGAGUUUUAUAUGAUAUGAUAUGAUAUCUAAACGUAGUUGAGGAAGGAAGAAGAAAUAAACACAAAUAUAUAUACUUAUAUUUGUACUGGAUCUGUGAUAUGUAUUUAAAAACAACAAAGAAAAAAAAAUGAAAACAAACAACAAAACAAAGCAAAAAUAUAUUUAUUAAAAAGGAAGUCAAACGAUACUUGAAAUUAAUUAUGAAAUAAUUAAUUUUUUAAUGAGACAACUAAGAGAAAAGAAAAGCUUUACUUGAUAAGCAAAGAAAUCUCCCCCGAAAUCAAGUUCUCAAUUCAUCGAUCGAUGCAUGGACAGUCCGCGACUCCAGGCUCCAGGCUCCAUAGUCCAGAGUCCCAGAGUCCAGGGUCCCCAAUCCCCAUAUGCAUACGUAUUCACCGCAAAAAGGUCUUUGCCAGUUCCAAACACUCCGUUUCUUAGAAAUGUCCGAUUUGCGAUCCAAUAGAGUAGAUCCCCACCCCCUCCUCCGGGUGGCUGAGGGGGCGUGACGAAGGGAAGAUGGAAAGAUGGGAAGUUGGGGAAUUGGAGAUACUCGGGGAUCGAACCGAUCGGAUGUGAGAUCAGAUCCGAUCCCAUCGGUUCAAAGGACCCGCGUCCCGCUUUCGUCGUGUUUAUGCUUGUUUGGAUUUUAUUGUUUAAAUGCGUUUGUUAUUUGCUGUACAAAUUGAAGCUUCACGCAACCCGCUAAAACCAUUAGGUGGGUGGCCUCAGCACCGCAAUGUAAGUUGCAUGUGGCAAGUUGCACCAUUUGGGCAGAGUCCUGCGGCCGCAUGAUUGCUUUGUGCUUUCCAUCGAUAAACCACUGUUACUGCCACUGGCACCCACAAACACCCACUUAUCAGGCACAUUCGUCAUGCAACUCAUCCUCUAUCGACCACCAACCAACACCCCCCACCUCCCGAGCACCAACUUAUCCAACUAUCCAACAAUCCAACAAUCCAACUAUCCAGAUAUCCAACUAUCCAGCAAACCAACUAUCCAUUGCAAUCAUACGAAACUAGGAAACUUUGGAAAGACGUGCGCAUUCAGUUCGAUUCACCCAGUACACACACACGAUUUUUAGAAGCUUAGGAGUUUUAUUAACUUAUUAAAAGGCAUCUAUAACAAUAACGAGAGAGAGGGAUGGAUAGGUGGUAGGGAAAAAAGAAAGUAAUACAGCUGUUAUGUCAACGACGGAGUCUAUUAGUGUUAAAGUAGUAAGCAUAAAAGCGACUUUUAUUAACUAUAUACAUAAAGUACAUAAAUAUCUAAAGUAAUUCAAAUUCGACUUUGAACAUUUAAAAUGAAUGAAAUGAGAAAUCCGAAAAUACCAACAAGAAAUAUAGCGAAGUGGCAAAUGAGUUUUGCACCUCGAAAAGAAAUCCGUAUGUUGCUAAAAUACAAAUAUGUAAAGAGGAGUUCAAUUUAUCAAUCAAAUCUCGUAUAGUACAUACAAAUAUUGCAUACAUACAUAACUACAUACUUAAAGCGAAAUGAUGCGAAAAGAAAGAAGGAGCGAUGAGAGUAACUUUAAUUAUAAUUUGUUAUGCUUUGCCACCCACACUGUUAUUAGAACAAUUAAACAUUACGAUGCAUUAUGCAUUAUAUACAUAUAAAUGUACACACCCCAUAUGCAUAUGAUAUACCUGUACGUAUACCCACACACACAUUGAAGAAGCGAACAUGCGAUUUGCGAUUUGCUAUUUGCUACCCUGCUGGUAUUGGUAUUGAUAGGUCGGAGAACUAACUGAAUCAUUAUAUAACCUCAUAUAGCAUUGUAUGUAUAAAAUUCUAUCGGAUCGGCCGAAUCAACGCGGCGACGUUCUGCGGAGACGUUCAUUCAGCAACCACAACCGAAGCAUACAACAUUAGUAAAAUAUUAAAUACUAUAUAUAAAUAUAUAUAUACACGUACACUAAAAGUAUAAAACGUAGUCGUUAGUGUGAUAAAUAAAAUUAAUAUUAAUUAAUUCAAGCAAAUAAAAGUGGUUUAACGAUUCAAACAAAAGAACCCAGUACCCCAAAAAAAACGAGGGACGUGCAGGGCCUCAAUUUCCAAUGAAAAUGAAAACUGCAGCUCGGCACGGACCCCAAAAAAACUAUUUAUUUAUCUGCGUUUCCAUUUGGCACAAUUCAUUUAGCACACAUGGGUCUGCAUCAAAAAUAUGUAAAGUAGCCGAAAAAAAGAUUUUAAACUCCCCAAAUGAUAGAUGAGAUGAAAAAGCAAGCCCAAUGCACGAGUUAUUGAUGUGCAGUAUGGGAUGUCGUUAAAUGAUCCUAGCCAUAAGUCAUAAUUCAUGAAACUACAUCACAGUCAUAGUGAAAACAUAUUUCAAUGAAAUCUUAUUCAGUGUACAAACUAGUUAAUGGCAAAUGAAUAAAUGAAUAUUAACUUUCGGAUCGUAACAAGUAAAAAGUCGAAUUUUCGAGUCUUCUUCACUUAAAACACUUUCGCAACCCAACCUUGGAAGUUGCAUACGUGAGUACCUUAGAAAACAGAAACAAAAGUUACAUAGAAAUUACGGCUUUCACGAUAUCUGGCCAAUAUCACAAAAAAACAGCAACAGGUCCCGGUCCCCCAAAAGUCCAACAUUUCGCUCAACUCGUAGUAAAUCUCAUUUUAUACAAGCGAUAUGAUUCGAUUCGAUAGCAAUACUUUGCGAUCCUCUGAAAGUUUCCGCGGAGACGUAGGACAUCCAUAUUGGGAGCAGGGGAUAUAUCCGUAUAUCUGCCGAUCUAGAAACACUAGCGCACUCUUCUCACUCGACGUCAGAUUCCGUUGCACACUAUAGGAAUUACGAACAGCAGCCACACUUUUCGAUCUCUCAAUAGGUUUAUAGAGAAGAAUUAAUUAAAAUGAUAUUGACACGGAUCGGAUCGAUGGUCAUUCGAAAGCGCGGAACAUUAGCAAAAAAAAACAAAAAGAAAACAUCAUGGAAACUCAUUCAAAAGUAAAAGUACUAAAUCUUUUAUGAUUUGACUGUGAUAAUAAUAAUGACAAAAUGAGAAAUGAAGUCGGAAGGUGUAAACAAAUUAACGUAUAUAGAGUAUUUAAAUGUAUGUAAAUACAAUGCAAAUGUAAUAUUAACCUAGGUGCGAAAUGAAAUAAUGAUGGCUCCAAAAAACAAAACAAAAAAAAACGGAAAUAAGGCAAACAGCAAUGCGGCAAUUCGGUUGGUGGAGAAAGUGGAGAAUCUUGAUUAAAUAGCCGUAAUGAAAACGAAUGAUGAAAUUUCGUUGCGCAGUUUUACUUAUACAUAUUAGCAAAAUAUUUAAAUAAAAUUUUAGCAAACCAAAAAUCCCUUUCUGAGUGCAAACGAACCCGAAAAAAGGAAACUGAAGGUCCUACUCGAAGUAAACAAAAUAAUUGCGAAAUGAAAUCAACGAUAUUUAGUUAUGCUCUAUUUACAAAGUAUAAUCAAUUGAAGUUUUUUAAAAAUCAAGUAGCAAAGCAAACGAUUUUAUAGAUUUAUUCAUUUAGCAUUUGAAAAUCGCUAUGAUAAAAGAUCACACAUAACCACGGUAUAAAAUAGGUUUUUCUUUAUUUCGCUCAAUUUCAUUUAACGAGAUAUAGAUUUGAAAA